AAUCAGUGCCCGCCGCUCCCCCUACCCCAAUCGGCCCCGCUAGUCGCGAGCCCCCAGUGCGGGCUGGGAAAGGGCGGGCCGCUGUCCCGCAGGUUGGGCGGGCGCGCGGAGCAGGGCAGGGUGCUCCCAGGUGUUUGCAGCGGAAGUGGGGGCUCCGCUGGGUGACAGCCCCGCUGUGCAGCAGCAGCAGCAUUGCACAGUGAAACUAGGACAUUCAUCUGAGAGGUGGCAGAUCCCAGUUCAAAACCGUUUCCCCCCGUCAGCUGGAGCGGGGGACUUGAACCAGAUGUCACUCACAUCCCAGAUUAUAGGACAAUAACAAGAAAUGUGAUUUGGAGCAUUACUAGAGGAGUUGCAGAACAAAGAGUACUUUCCGUCUGAAAGUAAAGCCGUUUUCAAGGUAAAGAUUCUGGAUCUGUACUGAAAUAGUUUACUACAUAUAGUAAAAGAGAGGAUCUGUGAAUUUUUUUGGUGCAGCCAUCAUUGUAUUUUCAUAAAUAUAAACUUGGAAUAGUUACUAUGAACAAAAGGACAUGAAGGAACUCACCUUCUCAGGUAUUUUUAGUUCUCUGAACACUGGGGCUGAAAGGCAGAAUUCCUUUUGAAAUAAUCAUCUCUGAAUAGAAGAUGAAAAUGUGGUUCUUAAUCAGUCAUCUUGUUACAGUGUGUUUCAUCUUCUGCCUGGCAGAGGAUGGAAAAGGAUAUGGCCCAGUUUUUGAGGAGCAACCCAUUGAUACCAUCUACCCUGAGGAAUCUACAGAUGGACAAGUUUCAAUGAACUGCAGAGCUCGAGCAAUCCCUUUUCCAACUUACAAGUGGAAACUAAAUAACUGGGAUAUUGAUUUAACAAAGGAUCGCUACAGUAUUGUGGGAGGUAGACUUCUUAUCAAUAACCCAGAGAAAUCAAAGGAUGCUGGGAAAUAUGUUUGUAUAGCAUCAAAUAUCUUUGGAACUGUCCGAAGCACUGAAGCUACUCUAAGUUUUGGAUAUCUUGAUACGUUUCCACCCGAAGAACGCUAUGAGGUUAAAGUCCGGGAGGGUAUUGGAGCAGUGCUUCUUUGCGGGCCUCCUUACCAUUACCCAGAUGAUCUCAGUUAUCGCUGGCUUCUAAAUGAGUUCCCAGUUUUCAUUACUUUGGACAAACGACGAUUUGUGUCACAGACAAAUGGCAAUCUCUACAUUGCAAAUGUAGAAGCAUCAGAUAGAGGCAAUUAUUCAUGUUUUGUGUCCAGUCCUUCAAUCACAAAGAGUGUAUUCAGCAAAUUCAUUCCACUUAUUCCCCAGGCAGUAGACCGAUCUAAAGUAUAUCCAGCUGAUAUCAAGGUUAAGUUCGCGGAUACAUAUGCACUCCUGGGGCAAAAUGUGACACUGGAAUGUUUUGCACUUGGGAACCCUGUUCCUGAGAUUAGAUGGAAUAAGUAUCUUGAACCCAUGCCAGCAACUGCUGAGAUAAGCAUGUCUGGUGCAGUUCUCAAGAUCUUAAAUAUUCAGUUUGAAGAUGAAGGAACUUAUGAAUGUGAAGCUGAAAACUAUAAAGGAAAAGAUAAACAUCAGGCAAGAGUUUAUGUUCAAGCAUAUCCCGAAUGGGUAGAACAUAUCAAUGACACAGAGAGAGACAUAGGCAGUGAUUUAUACUGGCCUUGUGUAGCCACAGGCAGGCCUACUCCAACAAUCAGGUGGUUGAAAAAUGGAGUAUCGUUCCGGAGAGGUGAAUUAAGAAUACAAAGCCUGACUGUCGAGGAUGCCGGCAUGUAUCAGUGUAUAGCAGAAAAUGUACAUGGAAUUAUAUACGCAAAUGCUGAGCUGAAGGUUGUGGCUUCACCUCCUAAUUUUGAACUGAACCCAAUGAAGAAGAAGAUCUUGGCUGCUAAAGGAGGCCGUGUAAUAAUUGAAUGCAAGCCUAAAGCUGCUCCUAAACCAAAAUUCUCAUGGAGCAAAGGAACAGAACUGCUCGUAAAUGGGAGCAGGAUAUCUGUUUGGGAUGAUGGUAGCCUGGAAAUUGUUAAUAUCACAAAGCUGGAUCAAGGCAGCUACACGUGUUUUGCAGAAAAUAACCGAGGAAAAGCUAACAGUACUAGUACCCUGGAAAUCACAGAAGCUACAAAGAUUACCUUAGCACCAACUAAUGUUGAUGUCACAGUUGGAGAGAGUGCCACCAUGCAGUGUAUUGCGUCCUAUGAUACCACAUUAGAUCUGACAUUUAUCUGGGCUCUAAAUGGCUACAUGAUAGAUUUUGAAAAAGAGCAUGAUCAUUACGAAAGGAGUGUUAUGAUAAAGAACAAUGGUGAAAUGCGUAUUAAAAAUGUGCAGCUGCAGCAUGCUGGAAGAUACACGUGCACAGCACAGACAAUUGUUGACAACUCCUCAGCUUCAGCUGACCUAGUUGUAAGAGGUCCUCCAGGUCCCCCUGGGGGUUUGAGAAUAGAAGAUAUUAAAGACACUUCUCUAACACUUACUUGGAGUCGUGGGACAGACAAUCAUAGCCCUAUUUCAAAGUACACUAUCCAGUCAAAGACUUUUCUUUCUGAGGAGUGGAAAGAUGCCAAAACAGAUCCCCCAAACAUUGAAGGAAAUAUGGAGACCGCAAAGGUGAUUGAUUUAAUCCCGUGGAUGGAGUAUGAAUUCCGGAUAACAGCAAUGAAUACUUUGGGGACAGGAGAACCUAGUAUGCCAUCACAAAGAAUUAGAACAGAAGGAGCUGCUCCUAAUGUGGCUCCUUCUGAUGUUGGAGGAGGGGGUGGAAGUAACCGAGAGCUGACAAUAACAUGGAUGCCUUUGUCAAGAGAGUACCACUUUGGCAAGAAUUUUGGUUACAUAGUAGCCUUUAAAGCAUUUGAUGAAAAGGAAUGGAGAAGAGUUACAGUUACCAAUCCUGAUAUUGGCCGAUAUGUGCACAAAGAUGACUCUCUGCCCCCCUCAACAAAGUUUCAAGUAAAAGUGAAAGCAUUUAACAACAAAGGGGAUGGACCAUUCAGCGUUGCUGCCAUCAUUUAUUCAGCACAAGAUGCUCCUAGUGAACAGCCUAGAAGUGUGAAUGUAAAAGUCUUAUCAUCUUCUGAAAUCUCCGUUUCCUGGGACCAUGUUUUUGAGCAAUCUGUUGAAGGAUAUCAGAUUCGUUACUGGACUGUUCAUGAUAAAGAAGCCGCUGCGCAGCGGGUGCCAGUGAGCAGUCAGAACUUCUCAACCAAACUGGAAAAUUUGAAACCUAGUACCCGGUACCAUGUAGAUGUUUCCGCCUACAAUAGUGCAGGAUAUGGACCACCCAGUGUUGCUGUUGAUAUCAUUACAAGAAAAGCACCUCCAAGCCAACCUCCCAGAAUUAUCAGUACAGUCAGGUCUGGUUCAAAGUACAUCAUCACCUGGGACCAUGUCACGCCAAUGUCAAAUGAAUCUGCUGUUCAAGGAUACAAAGUGCUGUAUAGACCAGAUGGCCAGCAUGAGGGCGAAUUGUAUUCAACUGGCACACAUUCAAUAGAGUUGCCAGUCCCCAGAGAUGGUGAAUAUGUUGUUGAGGUUCGAGCGCACAGUGAAGGAGGAGAUGGAGAAGUAGCUCAAAUAAAAAUUUCAGGAAAAGUAGAUUUGCAGGAUAACCAGGAGGACAAACAAGAACAGCAACAGGAAGAAAUGGAUUUUAAAGAAAUCCUCAGUGCUGUUCAAGAAAGUGCUGCUGGAGUAUCACCUGGUCUUCUUGGCUUAUUGCUGCCUGCCAUUGGUGUCCUUGCCUACUUAGAAUUCUGAAUGUCUCCGGAUUUAUCUUGUCCUCAGCCCAGUUUAAAGGACACCCUUCAAACCUGUGAGGACUACUAUUCAUUUAGACUCCUGGCACCAUCUUAAGCCAAAUAAAUUAUACUUUAAAAAAUUACCCUUCUGAUUUACUAUGAACUUUAAGAGGACUGAGGCAUCCAGGAACUCCUCCAUCAAGCGAAUCAACUUUUGAAAGGAUAAGAAAUGAUUUUUAACUUGUUCCGAUAUGCCUUAUAAAACACUUAUGCUGAUUUGUGACAGUUGCAUGAUUUGGUCCAAUGGGGCAAGUUACAGUGUUAAAAUCCAAUAACAUAGGCUGUACAGUGAAAGUAAAAUCACCAUACAUAGGUGCUUUAACUUGAAUAACAAAUUGUGAAAUAUAAUAGAGAUUGAAAUGUUGAUUGUGUGUGGUAAAUAUAAGAGUAAUUAUGUCUGUCUGUACUAUCCUCUAUGUUUUGUGUACUGCAUAUUUUUGAAUGGCCCUACUAUCAUUUAUGACAUUUCAGGUUGUUAGAGAUACAGUCAAAGCAAAAACAUUGAAUUCAUUUUUAGAGCUUUUUUUUUUUUUUUUUUUUUGAAGCAAUUGAAUAUACUUUGGGAGCAUUUGAAACUAGGUUCCAUUACAAGGAAUUUUUAUUUUUAGAUUCAUUUGGGAGUUUAAUUUUGAAUAUUAACCGCAACAUUGAAUUAUAAGGAUUUUCCAGCCCUUUACUUCCUAUAACGCAAUAUUUAAAAAAAAAAAAAAAUCUCCUCAAACAAAUUGUGAUUUUCUUAAUUAGUAAUAGAUUAUUUCAAUUUUAUCAUGCAAAGAACAUCAGUGGCAGCAUAUGCAGCUUGAUACCAUUUCUUUUACUCAGUUCAGGAAUUAUUGUUUAAAUAAUUCAGUCAUCGCUGAUUUUGAGUGUGAAAUUCUGGCUUUCAGACAAGCAGCAUAAUUGCCCCUCCUCCCUCAAGAUAUUGGAACAGCAUGUUAAAAGUUUGAAAAUGGAGUCCAGUAUAGGAUCACCCACUGGAACAACAAACAAUAGAAUGUUAAAGUUGUGUUUUAAAACAUUUAUAAUAAUAAGCUAAAACAUAGUAAAAUGGCAAAAAGAAAGUAGCACAGUAACAAAAUUAUUCUGAUAUACUUUUUUAUGCUGCAGAUUCAAGUUUUUACUUUUCUUUAGUGAAGCCCUGCAUUUGGAAGAAUAUGCUUUUUUUCAAUAACUUGAUAUUAUUCUAUUAUUUCUAGUGCUGUAAAUAAGAGUUUAAAAGUUCUUAGACUAUUUCCCUGUCUGAUAUAAUACUGAAAGAUAUGAAGAUGUUAAAUGAAACGCAGAUCCCAGCUGGUCUGAGUCUAAAUGUCAACUAUGGCUUUUGCAAAACUGGAAAUCUAAUAGGAGAUAGAGAAUGUUUUUGCUCUGACUGUGUCUACACUGUUUCAGUGAUUUUUUUUAAAGUUGUUAAAGAAGUGCAUUUUUCUUUCUUUUUCCAUGGUGUGCUGAGAACUUAGUCUGAGUGUGAAUGUUGAAGAAACACGGUGAUAUUGAAUCAGCUGGCUCAAGUAAUAGUGCAAUGUCUGAUGCUUCAAGAAUUAUAAGCUUUGAAUCAUAUUUUAUUAGCACAACCUUGCUAGCUAUUUAGAGAUAGAGUUUAUCUUUUUAGAACGGAUACUGUAGAGGUCCAUAAUAAUACUAUUUACAUGAAGCAAGAAUAGGCCUAUUAAUACUUUACACCCCUUUCUUUAAUUUGUAUGAUUUUGUACUAUAUAUUUACCUGUAAAAGUUUAGAGUCUUCAUUAAGAAAUAUCAAUAAUACAGUUUUAGUUUAAUUUUAAUUCUUUGUUCCAAGAUGAAACUUUUUUAAAUAGGUGAAAGGGAUAACUUCCCUAUAGAGGAAUGUCAAAAGUUAUAAGAGCUCUCCUGAAUUUGAUAAACUGUAUAGUUAUUUGAAAGAAAAAUGAGCUGCUUUCAUGCGUAACAGAAACUAAUACUCUGUAAGCCUUCUGUACAAAAGAUUGUUUUAUUUUGUUUUGGUUUUUAUGCAGUAUGACUCAUUUUUAUAUAAUAUACAACCACAACUAAAUCUUUUGCCAAAUGCAUGAUUGCCUUUUGCUUUUCUAAUGUGUGAUAUAAGGAGCAAAACUGUUUAAUUUUUGGAUGAAAACGAUCUGGAAGGUAAAACCACUUUUUUUUUUUAAUCUGUAAUACGGAUGAGCUAGAUUACAUCAUCUCACAUACUGAUCUGGUAAUUCCAGAUUUUUAUUGUUUUACACAACUGUGUAAACUGGGACCUUCAGUUUCAAACUGUUGUCAACAAAACUAACUAAUGUAUCAUCUGCUUUAAAAUGCAAGGUUCAUAAUUAAAGUUUAGAUAGACAUAUUUGUUGUUUCUUUAUACUUCAGGAAACUUGAUAUUAAUAUUACUUAAUACUGAUGAAUUUUGAAUUUGUUUUAGUUACUCUUUAUCUUAUUUUUUUUAAUUUAGUAGAGCAGGACCAUGCUUUGUCCUUUUUAAGAAUGAAAACUAAAUUAUAAUUAAAUAAAUGUAUUAAUGUUACUCAA